AUAAGUUUAUUUAAAAUUAGUUAAUGCAAUUUAAAUUGUGUGUCUUAGCUACAUCUUGGUUAUAUCUAAGAGUGUAUUUUAUAGCUACACAUAACGUUAAGAGAAACGUAUAACAAACGAAAUUUCUAGGCGAAUUAGCUAUUCGAUUUCAGUUUGAUUCGAACUGUGAUUAAAACCGUUGUUGAAAUUGCAGUGACCUUAAUGACUUUUUUUGUAGUUAUUUUCACACAGAAACAUAAACCAGCUGUUUUCACAAUGUUAAACGCCAACAGGACCGAUCUGCGCUUAUUACUGGAGUGUCUGAAGUACCAGAUGAAAUGUCCAGCAUCUCAGAAACAAGCUUUACUCACCGUCGUCUCAAUCUGCCAACAGAACUCAGGUCAGAAUAUAGAGUUCCUCGGAGAGAUUGGAGGUGUGACGUUCAUCUAUAACCUCUCCAGGGCCAGCGAUUACUCUGAGGUUAAAGAGACGGCUCUAUUCACGCUCAGCUCUCUGGCUGAAGUUAACGAGAGCUGUAAGCAGAGCCUGUGCAGAGAGGAGAUGUUCUGUGGCUUGGCCGACUGCAUGGAACAGGAAGAGUCCCUCACACUGAAGAGAGUGGCCGUGUACUUGCUUUGUGUAUUAGUCUCCAACAACAAACAGGGACAGAGCUUUGUUAGGACUUCUAGGUGUAUUGAUGUCCUGCUCAACUUAUUCAGGAGUACUUAUCCCAUGGCUGAAGGAACUAAUGAGCUGCUGCAGCUGUGGACCUCAGUGUCCAGUGCUCUCUGUGGCUGUGUCAACAACCCCCAAAACGAGGAGAACCAGUGUGCAUGCAUGUGUGUGUUGCCUCUGGUCAAAGUGUGGCUCCAGCAGGUAUCCAUGUUCAGGGUGGAGCUGGCUCAACCCAUCUGCUCCUUCAUCAGCAUGACUGUGGCUAAUAACUCAUGUGUUCAGGAAUAUUUUGCAUCUGUUGGAGGACUGCUUACUCUCUCAGACACUUUGUCCAGUGCAGUUACUCAGUGCAGGGAGAAUCCUGAAGCCUGUAAGCUCGCUGCCAUGAUUACCAGAACACUGUCUGCAUGCAUCACUGACAACGAGGCCUUAGCACCGGUUCUGUCUGAACUGAUGUUGGUUCCACACCUCCUGCUUUUGCUGUCCAGCCCAAACCUUAGUCCACGAGACCAGCUGGCCGUGGUGUUGACGCUCGGGUGCUGCACUGACGCAUGCGUGGAGCAUCAAGUUGAGUUGUUGCGGGGAGGAGGACUGCCUCUGGUCAUCUCUCUCCUGAUCGACGCGAACGAUGAGGAAGUCAGAAAGGCAGCUACCUUUGUACUGCAGACAUGUCAAAAACUCACUGGAUCUAUAGCAGGUCAGAGUGUGGAGUCUGAUCUACAGAGACACCGUCAGUCAGCCUGGGAGAUCGGGCAGAGAAUUCAGCAGCUAGAAAGAUCACAGCUGGAUAAUUUGGGAAAGGGUGUAGAAAAUUCUUCAGCUCAGAUCACAGAAUGCAGAGAGGAAUUGUGGGAAGACUCGGUGGUGCGAAAGGGCAGCGGUCGAAACGGAGAGUCAAGGAGAGAGGACAUUCCACAGAACUUCACACCACCUACACAAUGUCCACCUCAGCCAGUCACAGUGCAGGGGCUGGGAAACCAGCAGCCAAUGCAGCAUGUUCGGAGACAGAUUGUUAAAGACUUUGAUAAGUCGGUGAAUCAUUUCCAAAGAAGAAAUGGAGAACAGCAGCGAAUGGCUGAGAAUGUGUUGGGAAGUAGUGUAGCAGAACAGAAGAGGGAGCAGCUAAUGAGAAGAGAGAGUGGGAUGAAAAACAGAGGGAUGGAAGAAAUGGAGAGAGGUGAAACAAGUGCAACAAACCUCAACAGAGACAGAAGCACAGACGACCUGGGAGAUGAAAACUUUGACAGUGCCACACACACCAAACUACCGGGGGCAAAAGACCAAGAUGUAUGCAGCCCAGAUGUUUUCAAACAUCCUGCUCCCAUGAAGAGACACCAGCAGGCUCCGUUUGGCUCUGAGGAUGAGCUGUCUGUGUGCUCUGAGCUCCUGGAUAGUGAGAUUGAGAGGAUUCUGUUCACUCCGGCUGCCUCUAAGCCCAGCAAGCUACGCUGUGCAGGGUGUGUGAGCGGGAUGGAUGAGGUGAACAGCAGGACAGUGGGCGUGGUCCUGCGCAGCUGUAAAAGUCGGUGCGAGUUCCACCUGGUGCUGCAGAGAGCUGAGGAUCGUCUGAAGAGAAGCCUGCGUAUCAGUGGGGUCACGCACGGUCGUGAUCACACACGUGAUCAUGGGGUCAGAGACCCGUGUUCUUCAGAAACGGUCUCCAAACACAUAAUGAAAGAAAGAGAGGGUCACACAAACAGACCGAACCACAGAGACGCCAUGAGGUUGAUAACACUCACUCCGCUGAAGAGAUCGGGUGAGACACAGGGCUCAGAUAUGCAAAACAGACAUGUGUCCGAUCUCCAAAAACCAGGGGGCGGUGAUGGAAUGCAGAGUUCCUCAGCUAGGCAGAGUGACAGGAAAUACUAUUCUGGAGAGGAGAUAAAGUACCUCAGUGAGGGUGUGAGACGUUUUGGUCACUCCUGGAACACUAUACUGUGGGCGUAUCCCUUCCAGCAGGGACGCACAAAUGUAGACCUGGCCAAGAAAUAUAGAAAGCUACAGCAGGGCUCCGCGCCGUCCCCAGACCUCAUAACACAGGAAUCUGCUGAACAAAGAGUUCACUAAAGAGACAGCGUGUGAAACAGGAUGAGGACAAAGAGAAGCGGAGAUCCAGCACAUGACCCAACGCACACAACACUCUUACGCUCAUCACACUCCAUCUGAGCCUCAGUGAACAGGUUCCCCAAGUACUGCACUGUCUCUCGCAGUCUCUCCACCUGGGUGGUCAGGUCAGCCUUCUCCACCUGCAGCUGAGUGAUGGUCUCCUCAGCCUUCUGGUGUUU